AUGGAUUCCAAACAACACAAGUACACAAACAUGCCAGUAGACGACAGCGACGAUCGGUCGAGCACCGAGGUCGAGUCGCUCAUGGAGGAGACCAAGCAGUGGCACGACGUGGACCUGGACAUGACGCCGAGGCGGCCGUCGUCGCGGGCGAGCAGAGUAUGCGGCGCGCUCAAUGCGUGGCGGUGGCUGAUUGACACGACGCUGCUGGUCAUAAUCCUCGGCUUCGUCGCUCGGUCAUAUUUCAACGAGCCCGUUGUCAAGCCCUACGACUUUGGUGGUGACAUUACUGGCGUUGGGCCAAAGUUCUCUGAGCAGAUUACCACAUUCGUACACGAGGAAGAGUACGCUCCUUACAAUGUCUCGGAAUUCUUCAAGCCUGAAAUACUCGACAAGUGGAACAAGCUCAUGCCUCUCGGCAUGGGCUUCCAGUGGGUCAAGGAUCCCUCCAAGUACCACGACCUCCCGCACCCCAUCCAGUGGUACGAGGGCAUGACCGUCUUCACCACGUCCAUGACGCACCAGCUGCACUGCCUCUGGGCCAUUGUGCAGACCUACUCGGGCCUCAAGUCGGGACACGAGAUCCCCGACGACCACCACUGGCACAUGAUCCACUGCUUCAGCUACAUGCGCCAGUCCAUUCUCUGCGCGGCCGACACGGCCCUCGAGGGCAAGGCCACCACCUUUCCCGACGACAACUCGGGUUCCGACGGCUGGGAUGCCAAGCAUGUUUGCAAGGAUAUCAACCAGGUCCGCGAUUAUCUGGAAAGUGUACGAGCCUACGACGACCAGCAGAUCUACUAA